AUGGAGGACGACGAGAAUGCCAUGGAGGAGUUCUCCGCCGCUGAGCACGCAGACAAGAUCAACGAACAAAAGAUCAUCAACGAAGAGUACAAAAUAUGGAAGAAGAACGCACCCUUCCUAUACGAUCUCAUACUCAGUACCGCCCUCGACUGGCCAACACUCACAACACAAUGGUUCCCAGACAAGCAGGACAUUCCCGGCAGUCGCUACUCAAAGCAUCGGCUCCUCAUAGGAACACACACUGCUGAAGGGCAGCCCAACUACCUGCAAAUCGCCAACGUACAGCUCCCAAACCCCGCGCCACCCGAUGCGAAGGAUUACAAUGAGGAAACGGGCGAGAUUGGAGGCCAUGGGCCUGCGGCGAAUAAGCCAGCGACUGAGGUCAAGUUCAACAUCAUCCAGAAGAUCACACAUCCCGGAGAAGUGAACAAGGCUCGGUAUCAACCACAAAACCCGAACAUUAUCGCAACGAUGGCGACUGACGGAAGAGUACUUAUCUGGGACCGAACGAAGCAUUCAGUUACCCCCUCUCCGUCUCAACAACCGCAGAUUGAGCUUCUUGGCCACCAAAAAGAAGGCUACGGCCUCAACUGGAGUCCGCUCGAGAGUGGACAUCUUGCGACUGCCUCCGAAGACAAGACGGUACGGUUAUGGGACAUCAACCAGGCCUCCAAGACGAACACAAAACUCUCACCGAUGAAAACCUAUACACAUCACUCAGGCAUAGUGAAUGAUGUUCAAUACCAUCCCCAUCACAAAUCACUGCUUGGUUCGGUCUCGGACGAUGUCACUCUCCAAGUCGUCGAUCUUCGAUCCCCAGACACAUCACGAGCUGCGAUCAGAUCCAGUCCCAGUCUUCACAAAGGGCCGCUCAACGCCUUAGCAUUCCAUCUCGACGUCGAGACCCUUGUUGCGACUGGCAGCGAAGAUUCGACGAUUUCUCUCUGGGAUCUGCGAAACAUCAAAGUGAAGAUGCAUGUUCUCGAGGGCCACCACGAUAGUGUGACAGCACUGGAGUGGCAUCCAUUCCACCAGUCUGUGCUAGGCUCGAGUAGCUACGAUCGACGCAUACUAUUCUGGGAUCUGGGCAAGGUGGGAGAGGAGCAGACGCCAGAGGAUGGUCAAGAUGGACCUCCAGAAUUGCUCUUUAUGCACGGCGGCCAUACCAACCGUAUCAGCGACUUCUCAUGGAAUCUGCAUAAUCCGUGGGUUGUCUGCAGUGCCGCGGACGACAAUCUGAUUCAGGUCUGGAAGCUGUCAGAGUCCAUAGUGCCGAGGCACGGUGACAACGACUCGGAGGAUGUUCCAUUGAAUGAAGUGGAUGCUUAG